AUGGGUAGCUUUGAAGAAGAAAGAUUGGUUCAGAUGGUGAGAGACUACAUUGAAUCAGAAUCAACCACACCCUUUUCCGGUACUCCUUCAAAACCCUAUUAUCAAGUUCAUCAGGAAACAACUUCUCUCGCUUUCUCUUUGCAGGAGCUCCUUCAAAAUGUCACAGCUGGUGAGACUGAGAUUCUUGAGAAAACUAUAUGGUACUUGAAGGUUUUGGAGGAUAAUAUAGGAGUAGGCAAUAACCUGAAGGAAUGGCUUGUGUUGAACCUGAAACAAGAUGGUUAUGAAGCUUCUCUUUGUCAAACUUCUUGGGUCUCUACUUUCGUUCGUCCUUCAGGUGGCUACGAAUAUAUUGAUGUCUUGAUGAAGGACGAUAGUAGUGGAAAGCCAACAAGACUGAUAGUAGACAUGGAUUUUAGGUCUCAAUUUGAACUUGCCCGGCCUACCACAACCUACUCAAGUCUCUUAAACUCUCUUCCAUCCAUAUUUGUUGGUACUGAAGAAAAGCUGAACCAGACAAUCUCUCUGCUCUGCUCAGCUGCUAAGCAGUCUCUGAAAGAGAAGGGUCUUCACAUUCCUCCAUGGAGAAGGGUCAAUUACAUGCAGUCCAAGUGGCUCUCUGAAAACUGCAAAAAAGUAUCAUCAUUCUCACCCAACUGGGACAAUUUUUGUGGUUCGCCAAAGUCCAGCAAUCGGGGACAUUCAAUUUUGAAGCCUUAG